AUGAUCGCAAGCUCAUCAAGAAGUCUGCUGCCAGGCUCUAGCCGCUCCAGGCUGGCUGAUGUCGCCUCUUCAACCGUCAAGCUCGCCCGUACUGGCCCCUUGCACCGAACUCUUGCUUCUGUCGCCAAGAACUCGUCCAAACCACCCACCGGUAUCCUCCUCAUGAAUAUGGGUGGUCCCUCCACAUCUACCACCGAGGAGGUUGGUGACUUUCUCUCGCGUCUCUUUCACGAUCGAGAGCUGAUUCAGCUUCCUUUCCAAUCUCGUCUUGCACCCCUCAUCGCACGUAGAAGGACGCCCAAGAUCGUCAACCAGUACGAAAAGAUUGGCGGCGGCUCGCCCAUCUUGCGUUGGACCCGCACACAGGGUAAGGCAAUGACGGAGCUGCUUGACCAACUUCACCCGGAGACAGCGCCACACAAGGUCUACGUCGCUUUCCGAUACGCACGACCUCUUACCCAAGAGGCACUCGACGAGAUGGCUGACGACGGUGUUACUCGCGCUGUCGGCUUCACCCAGUACCCUCAGUACAGCUGCAGUACCACUGGUAGCAACCUCAAUGAGCUCUACCGUGAGAUUCAGAGGCGCAAGCAGCGUGGAGCGCCAGAAGGUGAGAUCUCGUGGUCGCUUAUUGACCGAUGGCCGACCCACCCUUUGCUCGUCGAGGCUUUCACCAACCGCAUUCAAGCUGUACUCGACACAUACCCAGAGGAGAAGCGCAACAAGGUUCCCAUCAUGUUCAGUGCCCACUCGCUUCCCAUGCAAAUCGUCUCCGGUCGUGGUGAUCCAUACCCCGCCGAGGUUGCCGCUACCGUCGCUGCCGUCAUGAGCCGAUUGAAAUGGAGCAACCCCUACCGAGUCACAUGGCAGUCCCAAGUCGGUCCCGCUGCCUGGCUCGGACCUCAGACGAGCGACACCAUCAAAGGCUGGGCCAAACAAGGUCACAAGGACGCCAUCGUCGUCCCCAUCGCCUUCACCAGUGACCACAUCGAGACGCUCUACGAAAUCGACAUUGAGCUUCAGGAGGAGGCUCAAGAGCACGGUAUCACUCUCAAACGUGCCGAAUCGCUCAACGACGAACCCACCUUCAUCCGCGCCAUGGCUGAAAUCUGCACUUGCCAUCUAUCGGCGCUCAAUGGAACACCGAGCAAGAUUGCCGACGAAAAGCGCGGCGAGGAUGUUUGGAGCCAGGGUUACACAAGCAAGCAGAUGCUUCUCAGAUGUCCUGGUUGCGUCAACUCGAUCUGCGCUGAGCAGAAGGCUUUCUUCGGUCGAACUUGA